AUGUCUUCCACCACCAUGACCACCCCAACAACAACAACAACUCUCCUCGACGGGCCCACACAUUCGACAAGGCCGACCUACUUCUCCUCGUACGCCUUCGCGCUGCACUCCGUCCCAGCGGCGUACCUGCUCUCGGUGCCGCCCCAUGCGUACCUGUUCACCAAGCUGAUGGCGGCGUCGGGCUAUGCGUACUCGAACCUGGUGCCGCGCGCGCAGUUGCCGACCCUGGCGCCCACGCUGCCCAAGGCCACGGCCGACAUGCUCUGGCGCGCCCGCGGGUGCCAUUUGAAUGCCCUCGAGGGGUUCCCGCUGUUUGCGGCCGCGAUGCUCGCAGGAACGCACGCCCGCCUCGACGCCCGAGAACUCAACACCUGCGCCGCCGAGUAUCUCGUGGCCCGCACGCUCUACAGCGUCCUGUACAUGACCGUGCGCAGCGAGCGGGCUAGCUACCUCCGCUCAGCCGUCUGGGCCUGGAGCGUGGGGAUCCCUGUCUACGUGCUGUGGAAGGCCGGGAGGAGGUUGGUGGAUGGGUCUGACGACGGGGUCGGCGAUACGGAGAAGGAGAGUCUGUCAUAG